AUGAAGACAUUAUAGUAUAAAUUAAAUUUAACCAAAAAAACAAUUAUUUAAUUAAAAAGAUUCGAGAAAAAAAAAAGUUAUAUAUUGGCUGAUGUUCAAGUAAAUAAUUAAAUAAGUUUAUAAGAAUUUGUAGGAUGAGGAGAGGCAAUUAAUAUUUGAGACCACUCAAAAAUUGACUGAAGAUGGUAUCUAUUCAAUCAACGUUAGGCAAAUACCCGGAUAAAUGA